AUGGAGCUGACCGAGGCGCACAUUCAACAUGUGAAGUCCUGCAACGAUGAUGACAGUUGCUUUAGAUGCCUGUACCUCCGAAAUAUGAAGCUUUGGAGGAAGCGGAUGCCAUGGCUUAUUGACCAAAUGUGGAAGCAUCCCGGUGAUGAGAAUAAGCUAGUUUGGGGUCUUGGUUGCCAACUUUGCAUCAAGGCUGGGUUAACCACUUCAUCAACUUUUGCAUCCAUGGGCUUUGAUGGAUCUGGGGGCUUUAGCGGUGUGCUGCGGCAUGCCAAAAGCAAGGCCCGUGAAAAGGCACAGAAAGUACUUCAUGGUGAAGACGUUCUUGACGCCCCCAGCAAGGAUGACUUUGCUAAGUUUAUGCAGGAAAGACUUUUGGUCAGAAAUAUGCUUUUUAGUCGGGGAAAGAUGCGAUCGUCCCUGAACUUCCACAUACCUGGACUUGGGGGACGAAAGAAGAUGACUCAGAUGCAGCGCUGUGUUGGCAUGGCCUGUGACACUAUCGACUUGGUUUUCCUCCUGGAAAAAUCCUCAUCCAUAGUUCUUCACCAGGAUGUGUCGAAGGGGCUCUUGGUAGUGACUUUCAGCGCUUGCUCCGAGAGCCUUGAGGUGGUCCGGGGCUUUCUUGGUUGUUGCCCAAUUCCCCCAGCCGAAAUGGAGAGCUUGCAGAAGUGCACGAGGGAUAUUCUUCGCACAGCGUGUGCUGGAAAUCAGGCCUAUUUCGAUGUGAUUCGGAAAAAGGAAGUGUUGGUUGCAGAUGCAGCGGCCGAUGAACAAUUGGCCUUGAGGUUGAUGCGAGCUGACUCCACCAUGUUCGAGUCCACAAAGAUGGUAGUCAAGGAUCCGACACAUUGCGUGAGGCGGUUUUUAUCGCGCCCAUUUGCGGCCAUUCCAGAAAUACAUGAAGUGCAUUCCACCCUCAUCACCAGGGGUGACUCCAUGACAUGCACGCUGCAGUUCUCAGAUGUGCUGGGAUCAGCCUUUGCUGAAUUUUGCAAAAAGAUGCACGACAACAAACGCGUGCGGAACCUUCAGUUUAGAAAACACCGAUUCGACAGCUGUCAGAGACCCACUGGCAGAUUUGUCCUCUAUGCCAAAGCCUUCAUCUCCACGGCAAUCUUUGCAUCAACACAUAGGAAGGGCGAACGAGACGGCACGAGGGCAGAGCAAUUCCUGCAAUACAUCAGCGAAAAGCGUUUGCUGUUGUUGUCGAUGCUGGCUGAUGCCAGUGAUGAAGUUAGCAUCCUGGUGCGUUUUCUCGAUCAGGGCGAUUGGGACAUGGCCAGUUUGCUUGCAGAGAUCCAACAGUUCGUCAGCCGUGUGUCAUCUCUGUUCUUGGACGGCCAAUGUAGGCAUUCUGGAUAUUGCGAGUAUAUGCUCCAGACAUUGAGAACACCCACCGCCUUUUUGACCGCCUCCGGCCCCCGGUCAAUUGGGGGCGAUCGGAUGACAGACGCGCUCUUUCAAGAAACUCUGCAGGAAAUGCACGCAUGGGUAGCCUUGCUCACACACACCGUGGAGGCAGAGUUUCCAGGCUUUAGCCUGAUGUGUGCCAUGAGCAUCUUCAACUUGAACGCCCGAAGUCGUGAUUCCGAGGUGGGCCAGGAAGGAAUGGCUUAUAUUCGAGAUGCUGCCCACCGGUUGUGCGCCGCAUUCCCAGAAGUCAAUGAGGAAAAUUUCAUUCAUGAGUUCCUGGACAUAAGGCCGAUUGCGAUGCACCACAGCAAGCUUGCGUCUGUCAACUCCUUUGAGUCAUGGAGGCAAGCCAUCAGGCAAGUGAGCCGCCGCUCCAGCACAUCUCAUCCAACUGAUAACCUUUCCAAACUUGUGAUGAGGCUUGGGGCUUGGGAUGGCUGCACAACAAGUGGGGUGGAGAGAGUCUUCGCCAAGCUUCGCAAGUGUGAGAGGUGCCUAUCUGACCAAAACAAACGGUUGGAAUUGAAAAUGUUGUGGGAUUGUGAUCGGAUUGGUCCUGAAGUUUUCAGUACAGCUUCAACAAUCUGGGCUCAGCUUUAUGGAGCGCCUCGCAAUGGAGCCACCCCUCGGCUGGACACGGGUGUGAAGCGAAAGCGGGAUUCUACGACUGAGACGGCUUUCAUUGCCAGACGGCGGGCGGCGGUGGCAAGUGCAGGCUCAAAGUCUUUAUCGGAUGUCAAAGAGCGAGCAGCUUGCGCAGCUUCAGACCUGAUUGAUGCGUCAGAAUCCAUCCAGCAGGAAAUUACCUUCCAACAACAGAAGCAGUUCAAGAACAAGAUUCAAGGGUUCUUGGACGGGGUAUUGCUGCAAAGUGAGAUUCCCGAAGACAUGCAGGAAACUGCGCAGGCUUUCCUAGAAGCCCAAGAUUUGGCUGACAAGAGGAGAGAUCGAACAAAAUUGAAUCAAUGUGAGAAACUUAGUCGAUCCACACCUCAGAUCCAGAGCGUUCACAAGGUUUGGGUGCAGGACGAAGCAUGGGCUGAAGACUUCAAGAGGUUCAUCUACACAGCCGAGGCACUACUGGCACCAGACGACAAGGCUGCCGAGGCAACUGGCGGAAUGGCUCCAGUUCAGGAGGCCAAGGCUUUGGAAAUGGUGCAGGAGGUGAACCGCGAACACCUUCAGAAGCUGGAGGAUUCCAUCCAGACGAUUCUGAGCCAUCCUCUCUUCAGCAACAUCAUGCACGAGAGCCCGCUCAAGAUCGACAAGACAGCUGGUGCCAGUGAAGCCGGCAUGCAGGCGACUGGUCCAGAGAAGCUUCGGGAGGAGGUGGUCAUUGCACUUGAGCAAGGUGUUGGGGUGGAUCAAUUCCAGCGGCAGCAGGUGCAGGGCAGGCAAUGGAAGCAAGUGCUACUUAGUGUGUCCAUGCGCGUGGAGCUUGUGGAUAGCUAUGAGGCCAUGUUUUGGAAGGGCAUCAACUUGAGGCAACGCUACAUCAGCACCUAUGACAGUUUGACAAGGUCAACCAUCCAGUCAGUGCUAGAGCUUGUGAAGUUCCGUGAUGAGCUCUUACCUGCUGGAUCAAGGAAGGAAAUCGCUGAUCAUUGGCAAAUGAAGGUAGCAGACCUUGGAAGCGCCCUUGUCGACAAGAUGGACUUCGCCUUCGUUGACACCGCCCUCAAAGUGCACGACAGGAUGCUAUGCUACCCAGCUGUCUUCAAGGCAAUCAUGGAGAUGGACAUGGCCUUUGGAAAAGCGUCCUGUCUCAAUUACCUCAGGGUUCUUGAGCUCAUUUGCAUGAAGGGCAAGGAGGCUGAGCAGCUUUGGAUGAUCCAGUCCAUCAGGGACUACAUCUUUGUAUUGAAGGAGUACACGAACAAGGACCUCUCCACGAGAGCUCUGCAAGGUUCACCCAACAACCGCGGGCUGCUUGAUGUUUUCCUAGCCAAACGGAAGAUGGUGCUUUGGCUUCUUGAGCACUUACAGUCUAAGAAUUGCCCAUGUGAUUGGAUCGAUACCCUCCGGAGUCUCAUUACCCAUGCAGCUUUUCGUGAAAAGGUUGGCUCAGGCUCUGGUUCUCGCAAUGCAGAUCAGCCUGACAAAUCGUGGCUGGGAACAGAACAUGAAGUUGUUCGAUUAGCUGUGGACAUCAUGAAGAAAGCGAUCUUCAGCGCCCAGCACGAUCACACCCUCAAGAACAUCUUGAAAGGAUCCUCAGCGCCUCCGGACAUCUUUGCCAAGGAGCCCUACAAUGAGAUGCUCAAGGGGGUUGAUGACGCACUUGAUGCUGUAAACCACAAGUUGAAGAGGAAGGACGAAGAAGUCCAAGAGGCGAAAAUUCGUGAUGAUGACCUAGUUGCCUUCUUGCCAGAGGGGGUGGAGCAAUGCCCUGAGGACCUUGAGCACGCCUUUCAGGCUGAAAUUCAAGAGGCAGCAGAGCUGGUUGACCGAUUUGUGAAGUGGAUCCCUGAAUGUGAGAGCAAAGCCGAGCUUACACAGGCACUUGCAGACACAGCUGUUGCCAAGAAGCAGCCUGAGGGCACAACAGCACUCAUAGUGCUGGACACGAAGACCUGUGGAGAAUCGUCUUCACAACCGCACUUGAGGCUUCCUCAAUUUCGAGCUCCAGGUCUCAGGAACGCAGUGCAAUCAUUCUGCACAGCUCGAAACAAAGAGCAGUUUGAUGAAGAUGAGAUGUGUGCAGUUCUUGAUGGCUCCCGAAUGAUUUCAACCUCAAUUAUGACAUGCUUUGUCCGCGAUGAUGGGUGCCACUUCGAAGGGAAGACCAGGACAGAAUUCGUGAUACAUUACGAUGAAAAAAGCAUGCGAGCACGAAAGAUGGUGAGCCGUGGGCUUGUGCAGGUGCACGAAGGGUUGCACGUGUUCAGCAAUGGAGCAUUGUCAUUGCCAGAGGCACGUACAAGACUCUACGGGGGCUCCAAUUAUUCGACAUCCAUUGGACCAGUCAUCAUGGACAGCUUUGAAAAUCUAUGGUUGGUAUCACCUGAAAAGAAAAAGGAAUAUGAGGCGGGAAAAGCGAAAGUGCUCGCUGGCGGCGGCCUUGCAGGUGAUCCGCCAAAAAAACCGGAAUUGUCCGGUGAGCCGAUGUCAUUUCACACCAUGCCUUUGAAAUUCUACAAGGAGCUCAUUCACUCCUUCUGUGCUGGAGUGGUCUUCUUCCUUUCCGAUACUGACGGGGUUGGAGCCCUGGCUGCCAUUCUUGCAAAAGUUCCCUGUGUGGCUUUGGUGUACAGCGCCUCGCAUGGAGCUGCUUUGCGGCUGAAGCUGAUGGAGCAUGUGUUCAAGGAGUUCCAAACACAAAGCUCGCCACUUCACCGGGUGGCCCUGACACUUGAAUCCAACAAGGGUUUUCCGUCUCAAGAGUUCAAUGUGCUAUCGCGGUGCUGUGCAAGCGCCAGUGUUUUGAACAAUUAA